GGGUUCUCACAUCUGCUGCUAAACAAAAAUUUCUCCUGUUCUCAUGGACAGCCUAGAGAUAUCAGGCUUUCCAUAUGAACCUGAGAAGUAUUCAUGCAAAAAUCAUGCCCCAACACCUCUGGAAACAGAAAAAAUCCAUGGACAGGAAGAAAAGGGAAGCAUGAAGCUCCCAAAGAGGGGGAACAGCAACGGGAAAAGGUAUUUAGGGGUGAGACAAAGGCCCUCGGGAAGAUGGGUUGCUGAAAUCAAGGACUCCUCGCAGAAGCUGAGGCUGUGGUUAGGAACUUUUGACAGUGCAGAAGAGGCUGCCUUGGCUUUCGACAAAGCCGCCAAGCUUCUAAGAGGAAGAAAUGCAAAGACAAACUUCCCAUGUAAUGGAAUCGUGGGCACAUAUGAAGAAAGUUGCAGCUUACUGGGAAAGAAUCCAAGGCUCUUUCGGCUUCUCCAGCAUGCAAUCAUGAAGAACCAUGCAAGAUCCUCGUCUCUUUACCCCCCGUUCAUUUCAUUGGAAAAUCAGAAUAUUCCUGGAGAUAAAGUCCUUGAUUCAAGUUAUUUUGAUGCGCUUGUUGAAGAAACUAUAGUCUGUUCAUCAUCUAGCACCUCUGAAUCCGGAAGCUCAUCUGAUUUCGAUCACGACAGAAACAAGCUUUCUCAGCUUUCAUUCGGUAGUUCCAAGGUCUAUUCAUCUGUGUUUGUAGCUCCUUCUUUCAGUGCUUCUCUAGGGCAAGCAGGAGAACAUCAAAAAGAUUUCCAAGAGGCUUAGUCACUGGAAAGAACAUCGCAUUCAUACGUGCAAAUUAUGGACUAUCAAAGAAUGGCAUGCCAACUAGAGCGAUGAAAAUUAAAAAAUAAAAAUAAAAGAGCCCUUGUAAAUUAUGUUUUCCAUGUUAUUUUCACUUGUAAUAUGUUGUCUUCCAACCUUAGCUAUUUGUCUUUGUUUUAAAUCAUCACAUAGAGAUUAUCUA